UGUGGCCAGAACAACUUUAUAUAACGUGUUCAGUGUCCUGGCACACGUGAAGGUCAUCCAGUAGCAUUUAAUGAACAGGUAGAGGCGUGAGUUAGUGGUGUAAAGAUGCGGGUGUCGAGGUAAUUCCCAUCAUAAUAUCAUCAUGGGUCUCGGGAGAUAGGUGAAGAAUGUAAAUUUGGCUACCUGAACCCUAUACACAAGAUGAAACCCAACUUUCGAUGGAAGGAGGGCGGAGCCAGGAGACCAACCUUACCUAACAGCAGAUCAACAAGUUCACAACGGGAAAAUAUUGUACAAACUAAUAUAACAAAAAGAAUAACUACAGUAUAUCCUCCACGUAAUGACUUGUCGGGUAUAAUAGCUCCUACGCCUCGAGAAUGUUCGGAACCUGAAGAAGGGAGUAGUUUGUGCUCAUGUAGUUCAAAAUCACUGACUUGUAGAACUAGAAGGGGGAGCUGCAGGUGGACUCGGAGGUGGAGGGGGAAGUGGAGGUGUGACUGGAGGAUCGGUCUCGGUGUGGUGUUGGUGUUGUGUGCGUUGAGUCGGGCAACCCACGGAGCUCUCGACACAACCUACUCGAGUAACGGUGAUGAUUCUGACGGCGAGGAGAAUAUAAUGUUCGCGGCGAGGAGACUUAGUAGCGUAACGGAGGCUAGUUAUAUAAACGACGUGGAUCAGGAGGGUGCGUCGAGCGGUGACGAGGAACGGUUGCCAAACAGACCGACAGAGGGGCCGUGCGGUGAGACUCACGGCCAACAAGUGAAGAUACAAUACUCGUCCAGCAUUGUGGAAAAUGAAUACAUCGUAGCUUUUAAGGGAUACUACAGACAGGAAGCACGAGAACGCUUCAUCCAGGCCGCAUUAAAUGAAUCGAACGUUGUACGGUGGCAGGUGCUGCCACGAGACAACCCUGCCAGCGACUACCCCAGUGACUUUGAUGUCGUCCAGAUUCAAGAACUGCGUAAAAACGGUGGGUUGGAUGCCCUCAAAGAUCACCCGGCGGUGAAGAGGGUGACAGCACAACGCAUGGUCAUCCGACACCUUCACUUCGUCAAUGACACGGACGAGGAGGCCAAUUCGGACAUGUGGGAUGACAUCCUCUUUGCAAAUGUCUCGGAUUCAGAAGAAAAAAUAGUCAUAUAUAACAUAACAGGAACAGACACCAGAACGGUCUUAAACGAUGGAUCUGAACUAGACAGUGAAGCAGUGGGGAGCGACACUGACGAGAUAGAGACGGAUGUGGACUAUGAGAGUUAUCUGUCGGAGAUAAAUUCCAACAAGAUCGAGGUGAACCCAAAGAAGGACGCGCCGUGUAGUGGGAGCGACUGUGCCCAGGCGGAGGAGAACGGCUCCUGGCCCGCCUCGAGACCUCUAAGACGCUCCUCUCUAACUCUAGGAACAGCUUUUUGGCAGACAACCGGGAGGCACUCGAGCCGUCGCCUACUGCGCACUAUUCCAAGACAGAUCACAUCAACCUUACAAGCUGAUGUACUGUGGAGUAUGGGCAUCACAGGUGCUGGGGUGAGAGUGGCUGUAUUUGACACGGGUCUGUCCAAGUCUCACCCUCAUUUUAAGCGCAUCAAGGAGCGUACUAACUGGACCAACGAGAAGACUCUAGACGACGGGCUGGGUCACGGUACCUUCGUGGCAGGGGUGAUAGCCUCCAGCGGCAAGACUUGUCUCGGGUUUGCACCGGACGCGGAGUUACACAUUUAUCGUGUAUUUACCAACAAUCAGGUAUCAUACACGUCUUGGUUCCUCGACGCCUUCAACUACGCAAUACUGAAGAAAGUGGAUGUACUGAAUCUAAGCAUCGGAGGACCUGACUUUAUGGAUCAUCCGUUUGUUGACAAAGUUUGGGAGUUGACUGCCAACCGGGUGAUUAUGGUGUCGGCUAUUGGGAAUGACGGACCACUGUAUGGGACUCUCAACAACCCGGCUGACCAGAUGGACGUGAUUGGGGUCGGAGGCAUCAAUUUUGAGGACCAGAUUGCGCGUUUUUCAUCGAGGGGAAUGACAACUUGGGAACUACCUCAGGGGUACGGUCGUGUUAAGCCGGACAUUGUCACAUACGGCUCCCUGGUCCAAGGCUCCAGCAUGGAGGGCAAGUGUCGGCAGUUGUCCGGCACUUCAGUAGCAUCGCCGGUGGUGGCUGGAGCUGUGACCCUUCUUGCUAGUGGUGUUCUGCACCGAGGAGGCAUCAUCAACCCCGCCAGCAUGAAGCAAGCGCUGAUGGCCUCAGCUAGAAGACUGCCGGGAGUCAACAUGUUUGAGCAGGGACAUGGCAAGCUUGACUUGGUGAAAGCAUAUCAAGUUCUCUCUAAAUACAAGCCUCAAGCUUCCUUAAGUCCCAGCUACAUAGAUCUUACUGAAUGUCAGUACAUGUGGCCGUACUGCACACAACCUCUUUACUACGGUGCUAUGCCCAUCAUCGUCAAUGUCACAAUUCUCAACGGCAUGGGUGUGUCGGGACGCAUUGUUGAGAAGCCAAUAUGGCACCCAUACACACCUCAGUAUGGUCACCAUCUUGAUAUUGCUUUUACAUACUCUGAGGUGUUAUGGCCGUGGUCGGGUCACCUGGCAGUGUGGAUCACUGUAGCAGAGAGCGGCAAGGAAUGGGAAGGUCUCGCUAGAGGCCAUAUUUCCGUCACCAUUGAAUCUCCUCCAGAAGAAGGGGAGACACAGCCGAGAACCUCGCACGUCAAACUCCCCGUCAAGGCCAAAAUGAUACCGACUCCACCGCGACACAAGCGCGUUCUAUGGGACCAGUUUCACAACCUGCGUUAUCCUCCGGGCUACUUCCCCAGGGACAAUUUACGAAUGACCAACGAUCCUCUCGAUUGGAAUGCCGACCACAUCCACACUAAUUUUAAGGACAUGUACCAACACCUGCGUAAUAGUGGUUAUUACAUCGAGGUCCUGGGGUCUCCUUUUACUUGUUUUGACGCCAGCAAGUACGGCACCUUGAUGGUGGUAGACCCCGAGGAAGAGUAUUUCCCCGAAGAGGUGACCAAACUACGGCAUGAUGUUGAGAAGGGAUUGUCUCUUAUAGUUUUUGCUGACUGGUACAAUGUCAGUGUGAUGAAGAAGGUCAAGUUUUACGAUGAGAACACCAAACAACUGUGGAUGCCAGUCACGGGUGGCAGUAACAUCCCGGCACUCAACUAUCUACUGGCCUCGUGGGGUGUGGCACUGAGCGAUGGCGUGUUUGAGGGCGACUUUACACUCGGUGACCACGACAUGUACUACGCUACAGGCACCUCGCUGGCCCAGUUUCCCCGCGAGGGUACUGUUGUCCGCAAGACUCUCAACGACCACGCUAAGGAGAUGCUGGAGGCUGAGAGUGAGAGUGUGCCGGAUGUACCGAUCUUAGGACUACUGCAGACCAAGAGCACCGAUGACCUGGGUGAUAACAGCCUUCACCACAGCGGCCGCCUGGUGGUGUACGGGGACUCCAACUGUCUGGACAACAGCCACCUUCAGAAGGAUUGUUUCUGGAUGCUCGACGCCCUACUCGAGUUCACCACCACGGGACACCUGGCGGGAGUCUUUACCUCCAGCGCCGGGAUGCCCGUUCCUCCGACGACAGAUUUACCCACAAAGAUGGAGAACAGUAACUUACACAAACACUCGAAGGUAUUACUUGCACGAGACCUUAGCAAAACAGAAGCACUGCUCGCAUCGUUCAUAGCCUUAUGCGAUACGAAAUGAGAAUGAUAUUUGGGCUUCCUAAGCCAUGAGGUCUGAGUUGUAGUCUGGGAAGAGAAGAUAUUAAUGUGUUUGUUACAGAGUUAGUCAUAUAGCCUGUCCUACUAAGGGGAGGAGCUUUUGGUUUUAUAUAUGGAGACAGUUAAAUAUAAAUGAACUUACAUUAUAUGGAUAAGUGGUUUGGUCUAUCCUUCAAUCAUGAUUCCCACUACAAACAUUAUUUAACCUACCUCACUAUAAUUAACCCCCAGGAUAUUGAGAUAAACCAGUGAAAUUGUUAA